AUGAUCCAAUACAGUAAAAAUACAGCUGAUGCUGGUGGGAAGGUGGAGGUUCAUUUCAGUUGUUUUGUUUCCUUUCCAGGGGCUUGGGACUUGUUGGGAGCCUACUGGGACAUGAGAGAAGCCAAUUACCAACAUUCAGCCAGAUACUUCCAUGCCCGCGGGAACUAUGAUGCUGCACAAAGGGGCCCUGGGGGCGUCUGGGCUGCUAAAGUGAUCAGCAAUGUCAGGGAAUAUCUUCAAGGACUCUUAAACCAGGAUUACUUUGGAAGCAGCAGCUAUGAAUGGGAGGACUUGAUGUCCAACCGGAAAGCUGAGGAAUGGGGCCGCAGUGGCAACGACCCCGAGCACUUCAGACCUGCUGGGCUGCCUGAGAAAUACUGAGCUCCCUGCUCCCUCUGCUGUCACGGGACGAGGCUGUGAGCCACACACCUCUCCCCCCAAACAGGGCAGAGUUCGCUGAGCUUUGUGUCCCCAGGGCACCUAGAGGUGCCCAAUGCAUGUUUGUCAAACUGAAUUUCUUGAUGAAAACUGGAAUCUUUGAGACGGAUUCUCUGGAAUAAUGGCCAUCUGGUGUCACAUGGAAGAUACACAGCACUGUGGAGGAUGAGCCCGUGACUGUGGGGGCCCAGGGACCCCCACCUGACCUGUAACCAUGCUGUGUCCUCACAUGACACCACUGAACACCCUUAGUCCUUAGUGGCCCCAGUUUCUCCUCCUGAGUAAGCUGAGCUGGCAGAGCAUUGGCGAUCAUGCCAGGCUCCUCAAUGGCUGGAGGUGUGGCUGUGGCACAAGUCCUGGGCAGCCCCACCCGCCACUUCUUCUUCCGUCAUGACCAGGCCUUCUCAGUUAUUUUGUUGCUGUGCCCACGCCUCUGUGUCCAGACUCUUUACUGCCCAAUCAGUUGCA